AUGCUUUCUUCACUGGCGGUGACGUUUAUUGUCGCCGUCGCUCUCGUCGGAGGCAAUGAUUUAACAAAGUGUGAUAGGAAUCUUAUAUGGACCGGCGGGUCCUUCGAAUGGCCUUGCCCAGCCACAAAGAGCAUGUUCAAGAACAGCGGCCGUUACAUUUCGAAGAAUGUUCUCGCCACCAGAACAGCAAUUUACAAGGACGACGCUUUCCUUGUUUUACCUAGGUUUAAACCUGGCGUGCCAGUGACCCUAGCCAGGGUAUCUUUUAAAGAUAAGAAUUGCCAGGCCAGUCUCCAACCUUAUCCUUGUUGGUCGCUUCAAGAAGAGGGAACAUGCUCAGCGUUGCAAAACGCUGUGGACCUUUAUUUGGAUCCUCAGGAUAUCCUGUGGGUAUUGGACACCGGCAUAGUAAAUUCUCUCGAAGAGCCCGUACGCAAAUGUCCGCCGAAGGUUGUCGCUCUGAACGUAAAGACCGGCAAGCUGAUGAAAAGCGUCGAUCUGUCCGGCCUGACCAGCCCCUCGUCGCGGCUGCAGUACGUCGUCGCGGACUACAAUCCGGACGGCCAUGUCUUCAUCUAUAUAUCUGACGCAGCCACACGAGCGAUCCUGGUGUACGACGUGACUUCCGACCGAGGAUAUCGCGUCGUCCUUCCACAGGCUGUGACCAUGAAUUGCUCUCGCCGAGAUGUACUGUACCUUGCUCUGAUGCGCCAUCAAGACGGUAGCACUUGCCUGAUCUUCACGUACUUGGGCAGCAGCCGGCUGUUCUCCAUUCGAACGGACCACCUCCGGAGCGGAUCCGCUCACGGCAAGAUACACGAUCUCGGGCCGAAACCCAAGCGAAUGAUAAUCCUCGGCACGGACAACGGCAGCGCGCUCUUCUGCCGGUUCGAAGGCGGGGCCGACGUCUACAGAUGGGAUACCAUCACACCAUUCGUACCCGCUAAUGUUCAGCAGGUCUACAAGAGCCACGAAUGCAACCUGGUCACACACGUAGCGGCCGAUUACAAGAGAGGUCGAAUGCGCGUGCUGGAGAGCAAUUUCGCGGAUUACAUGCAGGGCACUGUCGGCUGCGGGGCUAAUCACGCGUUGAAUCUCAUGUAG